AUGGCAACUGCGACUGCGACCGCGGCACAACCAGGUGGAGGGGGUGGAAAUGCGACGUUCAGGGACAAAGAGAAGCCGCUGGCUGUCCGGUCCUCGAACAUCGUCGCCGCCAGAGCCGUUGCCGACGCCAUCAGGACAUCGCUGGGACCGCGGGGUAUGGACAAGAUGAUUCGGAGCGGCAAGGGCGAGACCAUCAUCACCAAUGACGGCAGCACAAUGCUCAAGAGCAUGUCGGUCAUGCACCCCACAGCCAAGAUGCUUGUACAACUGUCGAAUGCUCAAGACGUCGAAGCCGGUGACGGCACUACAUCCGUGGUGGUUAUCUGCGGUAGCCUACUCGGUGCUGCCGACCGGUUACUUUCCAAGGGCAUCCACCCCUCAGUUAUCUCUGAAUCGUUCCAGAGGGCCGCCGCCGCCGCGGUAAAGGUCCUUCACGACAUGUCGCAACCCAUCGCCCUCACAGACACCGCCGCCCUCCUCCAAGCUGCCAACACCUCCCUGUCAUCCAAGAUCGUUUCCCAAUACUCGAACCUCCUCGGGCCCAUGGCCGUCAACGCAGUCACCAAAACGAUAGACCUCAAGACGGCGGACAACGUCGACCUAAAGAACAUCCGUAUCAUCAAGAAGGUUGGCGGGACGAUAGAAGACAGCGAGCUGGUGGACGGUCUGGUCUUGACACAGCCAGUUCUCAAGAGUGCAGGGGGGCCGACACGGAUGGAGAAGGCCAAGAUCGGUUUAAUCCAGUUCCAACUGAGCCCGCCCAAACCUGAUAUGGAAAACACCAUCUCUGUCAACGACUACCGUCAAAUGGACAAGAUCGUCAAGGAGGAGCGGAUGUACCUCCUCAACAUGGCCAAGAAGAUCAAGAAGGCCAAGUGCAACGUACUCCUCAUCCAAAAGUCGAUCCUCCGUGAUGCCGUCAACGAUCUCUCCCUGCACUUCCUCCAGCGCCUCGGCAUCCUCGCCGUCAAGGAUAUCGAGCGUGACGAGGUCGAGUUUAUCUGCAAGUCGACGGGCUGCAAGCCCAUCGCCGACAUCGACAGCUUCACCGAGGACAAGCUCGGCAGCGCCGACCUCGUCGAGGAGGUCCAGAGCUCCGGCAGCCGCAUGGUCAAGGUGACGGGGACGCGGUCGGCGGGCAAGACCAUCUCGGUCGUGGUCCGUGGCGCCAACAGCCUGAUCCUGGACGAGGCCGAGCGGUCGCUGCAUGACGCCCUCUGCGUGGUGCGGUGCCUGGUCAAGAAGAAGGCGCUCAUCGCGGGCGGCGGCGCGGCCGAGAUCGAGAUCGCGUCGCAGCUGAGCAAACAAGCGCGCGCGCUGUCGGGCACCGAGGCCAUCUGCUGGAAGGCCUUCGCCGACGCCCUCGAGGUCGUCCCCACCACGCUGGCCGAGAACGCCGGCCUGAACAGCAUCAAGGUCGUCACCGACCUGCGCCACCGCCACGAGCUGGGCGAGAAGAACGCCGGCGUCAGCAUCAAGAGCAGCGGCGUCAACUCCAACAUUGCCAAGGAGAACGUGCUGCAGCCGCUGCUCGUCAGCACGAGCGCCAUCGAGCUGGCCGCCGAGACGGUCAAGAUGAUUCUGCGCAUCGACGAUAUCGCUCUCAGCAGGUAA